GCGCCCUGGAGUAUGUGACUGAGAAAGGGAGGGAGAGAGUGAAAGGGGUUUUAUACAAUAUCGUCUUUCACAGUAUCAAUCAGAAAAGCUUUUGCCCGCCCGGCGUCCGUCAAUAGAUCGGACCUAUGGAAAUGACUUGGAAGAUCGCGGCCUUUUGGAUUCGUCAAUUCUGAUUUAGCGUUCUAAGUUCAAUCUUGAUUUUGUUCUCAAAUUGGUUAUUGGAUCGUCGAUUAUGACCAUGGUCAAUGGACCACUCACCAAAUUUGCAAAGUAUAAGUCAUCAGUUAAAGACCCAGGUGUUCCUGGUGCUUUGACGAUGACGCAGGAUAGGAUUGUCUUCAAGCCUAAUGAUCCAAAGUCUUCACAAAGGCUUAAUAUAGAGUUUCGACUUAUAAUAGGGCACAAGUUCACCAAGGAGGGGACCCACAAGUCAGCUCUGCUUAAUCUUACUCAAGAUCAGGGUGGAAGCUACAUUUUUGAGUUUGGAAACUUUCCUGAUCGUGAUGCAUGCAGAGAUUUUGUAGGUCAAGCAAUUUUGAAAACUGGAGGAGGUGGGAAGACUGAGGUUGAGAAGGCUUCUGUAACUCACGCAGGAGAGCAACUCAGCACUAAAGAGAUGGAGCGCCGAAUAAAGCUUCUUCAAGAAGACAGUGAAUUGCAGAAGCUCCAUAAGCAGUUUGUUCUAGGGGGUGUUCUAACAGAAGCUGAAUUUUGGGCUACACGAAAGAAAUUGCUAGAGCGGGAUGCGAAAGUAAUAUUGAAACAACGGGUGGGGUUCAAGAGUGCGAUGCUUGCCGAUGUCAAACCAUCAACUGAUGGUCGGACGAAUAGAGUAACAUUUAAUUUGACACCAGAGAUCAUUCAUCAGAUUUUUGCCGAGAAACCAGCUGUCCACCAGGCAUUUCUUAAGCUUGUACCAAGUAAGAUGCCUGAGAAGGAUUUCUGGGACAAAUAUUGCAAAGCAGAGUACUUCCACCGGACAAAAAGUACGGCUGAAUCUGCUGCGGCUGUAGUUGAGGAUGAGGGACUUGCUGUUUUCUUGAAGCAGGAUGAUGUCUGGGCACGUGAAGCUCGCCGCAAGAUUAGACGGGUUGAUCCAACAUUAGACAUGGAAGCCGAUGAAGGGGAUGACUACACUCAUCUUCAGGACCACGGACUUGUUCAUGAAGAUAACAUGGAUACUAAUGAUUCCCAGUAUGAGGAAUAUCGCAGAUCACUUUCACAAGUACUUAAUCGUCAUGGAGCUGUUGUUCUCGAUGGGAGAUCUAUAGACGGAGAGUUGGGUGACACGAGAUCUGUUGCUGAAGCACUUGCCAAGUCAAAGCAGGUGGAAUUGGCUAAUGAAGUGUCUGAUAAAGAAGCUUAUCAAGAACAAGUGGAAAGGAUUUCUCGGAUGGCUGAGAUUGAUGAUCUCCAGGCACCUCAAGAUCCUCCCAUUGCACCUCUUUUUAUCAAGGAUCCUAGAGACUAUUUUGAUUCACAGCAAGUCAAUGCUAUAAGAACUUUGGGAGAUACGCUUGCUGGGUCAAAAGAAACGAAAUGCAAAGUGAGAACAGUCGAAGCGUAUGGCUCCAUGAGAGAGUGCAUAGCCCAGAUUAAGCAUGUAGGAUUAAGUGAUCCCAUCGUUAAACCUGAAGUUGCUUUGAAGGUAUACAAUGGGUUAACCCAGACUAUUUCUAGCCCCAAGUUUCAUCUCGGGAAGAAUCCGCAGGCUAGCAAUUUGGAUAUGUUGCCUAGCUCCACGAAACACGACAUAUUACACAAUUGGACUUCUAUCCAAGAAUUGCUCAAGCAUUUCUGGUCAUCAUAUCCAAUUACUACUUCCUAUCUCUAUACUAAGGUUAACAGACUUAAAGAUGCCAUGUCAACUACUUAUACAAGGCUACAGGAGAUGCCUGCCCAGUCAGAGUUUAGGCAUGAAGUUUCCCUUCUCGUGAAGCCUAUGAUUCAGACUCUGGAUGCCGCAUUUGCGCACUAUGAUGCAGACUUGGAAAGAAGAUCAGAAAAGAGUGGAGAUAAACGAAAGGGAGGAGGAGGGUUUGUUGCAUAGGGGAAUUUGUUAUAUUUUUGGUUGGAUUAUUUGAUUUCCAUAGUUCAUACAUUCAAACUGUAGAUCAUCUAUUUGGAAUUUAGUAUUUUUUUUUUUUUGAUGAAAUGGUGUAGUAACUAG